CUCUCCCUCGUAAAGGCGCCCGGAGAAGAAAGAAAGAGGUGGAGCGGCGAUGGGCUCGGCGGUGUUCGAGAUGGGACUGGAGUUGGAGCUGUGCGCCACCCGGAUCGUCGGCGACUUCGUGAAGGAGGUGUCGGCGAUCGAGAGCGGCGGCAGUGGGCGGGCAUCGAGGCUCGAGGAGUCCAUCAAGUUCUUGGAGGAGGAAAAGCGAAAGAUCGAGGCUUUUAGACGCGAGGUCCCCAUCUGCAUGCGUCUUCUUCGCGAGGUGAUCGAAAGGUUGAGGAGGGAGAUCGAGCGGUGCCGCUGCGAGAGUUUUGGACAUGUAUUCGGGGAAUUCAUGCCUCUUAAGAGUAAAGUCGAGGACGAUGGAGGGGUAAAAGUGGAAACGGAUUGCAGAGAUAAGAUGAACUGGAUGAGUUCCGUCCAACUCUGGAGCGAUAAUUACAGUGAGAACGAUGACGAAGAGAAGAUCGUGUCGAAUGAGCAAGAUGGAGCGGUGGAUCACAGACAGGGGAAGGGGAAGUCUCUAGAAUGCAAGAGCCGGAGCAGCGGGGUCGAGUUCCUGCCAUUUAAAGCUUUAUCGCCUCUUGCUGCGAGCUCCGAGGAGGAGGAGGAGAAGCCCGCUUCUGCGUUGCCUGAGCUCUCGCUGCAAUCACCGGCGAUCAACAGAACCCUUGACCUUGUAACUCCGGUCGCUUUGGGUGACCACCGAGGCUUCGGUGGUUUCAGAAAAGCCACUGAGUGGGUGCCUGCGACCCUUGGCUUGCAGUCACGGCUGCAACCACCGAGGAAGGCGAGGAGGUGCUGGUCGCAGGAACUGCAUCGCCGGUUCGUCCUCGCCAUCCAACAGCUGGGUGGCGCCCAAGUGGCUACUCCCAAGCAGAUACGAGAACUGAUGAAGGUGGAUGGGCUCACAAAUGAUGAAGUGAAGAGCCAUCUGCAGAAAUACCGAUUGCACAUUGAAAGGGUCCACGCUCAAAGGCUUCCUAAUGCUGUGGCUACGGCAGAUCGAGCAGUUGUGGUUUUAGGAGGCCUAUGGGAUCGUGAGGAACAAUACACUAGUUCCUCACAACAGAGUUUUUCACAAUCUGGGUCGCCGAUGAGCCCAUUUCAGUUAGCUGGCUCUAGAUGAGCUCUGGCUAGAGAUAGCUUUGAGGAAACUGGCAAAUCAGAGAGCUAUAGCUGGAAAUUUGGAGGCUUUCCAGUACUCGGUGAAGGAGAUCAAUGUCUAGAGAGAAAAAGAGAGAGAGAGAGAGAGAGAGAGAGAGAGAGAGAGAAUCAAAAUUUUGCUGAUACAAUACAACUGGGGGGAAAUGAUGAGACUGGUGAGUCUUGAUUCUCUCCCAUCACUUCUUCCAUUUACUUAUUUGCCUUCUUAAAUUUUGGUUUUUGGACACUAAGAAGGUUUUUUCGACACUGUUUGAUCAUUAGGGGAGUGUUAUUUCCUUAUGAUGAAGUAUUUCCAACAUAUUUUGGACACCAUCAUCCUUAAUCCUUUUUCAACAGCUUGGUGUAAUCAUAUUUGACAUCUUUCUCCAUCUGUUAAGUUUCUGUGACAGGUUACUCAAGGGAUGAGAUAGCAACAGAAGAGAUCAUGGACAAGAGAGACUUCUGGCACCAACAACAUUUAAUCAUCCAAAUCAGUGGUCCUGUCUGAAAUUGUCUGGAAUUCAUCUUAAAAUCCAAUGCUCAGAUCUGGCACUCACAUUCCUGCUUCCAAGUCAUUUUCCUGUUUGUGAGCUGACAAUUUCAUCCAUGAUUCCACUGUUUCAUUGCUAUUUCUGAGGGACCACCUUGUCAUUUUUCUUCCUGUAAGUUCAUUUCUGUUUGUGCAUCUUGGUCAUCUUAGAUCCACAUUCUCUUGUUCUUAUGUUAGUCUUUACCCCUGCAAGCAGAAAGACAGGCUUCAAGUAUAGCAUCUUCUCAAUUAUAUCUUUCUCCAAAGGACUUGCACCUCAAACAGAUGGAUAUUUCUUGAUAUCUCCAGCUGUUGCAAAGCAAAUCCAGACCAUUCCCUGGUGCCCAUCCUUUCUGUUCUUCUUGCAUCACAGGCUGGAUGGAGCCAGGCAGCUAACUUUAGCAUCUUGCAAGCUAUCUUUUUCUGAAUUCAUCUUCUUGUCCUGGCAACCAUGUGGAGCCUGCACAUUAAACUUCCAGCUUUUUUGUUGUCUACUGCUGCAUCUAAUUCCAGUCUUAGAACUACACAGAUGCCUUGUUUGCUGCAUGUCCACCUGAAACAAAGCCAUCCAUCAACUGUCUUUACAGUUUCAGGAGAACAGAGUCAUCAACAUAAAUAUAGGCAGACAUCAAACUGCCAUGGAUCAAAAGUCCUGUUAUAGUGUGAUCUCACAAACUCUUAUGUAGCAAGUGCUCCAAUUGAGUUCAGCUGUUGUUUGGCUGUCUACCUUCUGAGGUUCUUCUUUGCCUACUACUGAUGGGGUUAAUUAAGAUUUACUGCUCCCUGUGAAUCUUCAGUCAACAAAGCAACAGUCUUGAGAAGAGCUCAAAGAAUCUGACCUUGGAAAAAGUAUUGAUAUAUCUUUUGGUUUUUGCUAAAGAAAUGCCAAAUUUCACAGCAGGAUCACUGAAUGCUCCAACAAGAGAAAGAUAAUGAAUCAACUGCCUUCUUGUCCUAAAAUCCUGUUUGUCUUCUUGCUUACACUAAAUUCAUAUCACCACAAUGCACAUCCAAAAAUCUUUAAGGUGGGACACAAGUGUCACUCUCAAUGAGGAAGAUUGGAUCGCUUGAUCAAGAUCCAGAUGUUGGGCUUCUCUUCUUUCCCUCCUCACAGAUGCAUAAUGACCUACAAAUAAGGGAAACAGAACACAACUGAGGUACCUCCACCUCUUCUUUUCCUCUGCUUCACUAAAUCAUUGGACCAUAAUGUCAUGAAUCAACCACUCAGAUUGAAAUCCAAGUGAAAUGUUCUUGGAAAUUCCAUGGUUUGAAGCCGAGACACGUAGCGACCUCGUCUUGUUUGGCUGGCCAUGUUUUCUUCCAGCUGAAGGAAGAACCAGUUGCAUGCAGGUGAAGCUAAUCCAUGGAGGCAGGUGAAUUUUCACUGUUUCAGUAGAUUACAGGGUAUGAGAAAGGGCAAGAAGUUGUCUUUAAUCUUCAGUGAAGGUGAAGGCUUUGAACUAUUACUAUCAAGAAUACUUGGAUACAAUUAUUACUCAAUAUCAAUUCUUCUUACAAAUAA